GAGCCCAUCGCAUUGAACCAUGGCUAUGUAUGGGCCAUUCGAUUGGGGCCCGAGGCCUGCUCUGCCCCCUCUCCCCCGCCCACAAGAGAUUCCCGGGUACCUUCUUGCCUGCAGUAGGACAUGGCUGGGGCGAGCAGGCAGGCCCUCAGAAAAGCCCAGCCAAAGGAGCGCUCUUUUUCUCUCGCUUCACCUCGCACGCCUCCUUUAAGAAAAACGGAGAAAAAACGGUGCGGGAGGGAGGCGGCAACCACGACACUGCACCACGCCGAGAAGCCGUUACUAACUUACGGCCUUGCCUUUACGCCUCCCAGCAUGCCUUGCGACUUUCACUCCAUGACCCUCCCCGCCGUGCUGUGCGUCAAAUGGCGUGCGUCCUCUUAUGGAGGACUACAACCCCAGCAUGCUUCGGAACCGCGCGCAUGCGCUCCAGGAAGGGGGUGGGCCCUUCUGCUAGGGGGUGGGCGGGGCGACUGCGAGAAGUGUACUAUUCGCUCUUGGCGUUUAAGCAUCGUCGCGAGAAAGACUCUGGAGAAAGCUUGAACAUGGGGAGUAAGAAAGAGCACGUUAAAAUUACCAGUGAGCACAAGCCUGGCUUUCUGGAGCGGCUCAGUGAGACCUCUGGGGGAAUGCUCAUUGGCCUAGGGACUUUUGCACUGUCUUUCUACAUUCUUUUUACCAAUGAGGGGCGAGCUUUGAGGACAGCAUCUUCUCUAGAGGAAGGACUUUCUCUAGUUGUUCCUCUUGACAACAUCCAGAAUGUGUUACAAGAGAAUGAAAGGAAACUUGUUCACUUGUCUGGUCCUCUUCGAACAUCCAAGCCUCUGUAUGAUCCUGGCUAUGGACUUUCAAUCCGGGCUGUCAAGCUCAAGCGUCAUGUGGAGAUGUAUCAAUGGGUAGAGUAUGAAGAUUCCAGGGAAUAUGAAGAAGACGGUGAAAUGAAGAAAGAAACCAGAUAUUCAUACAAUACAGAAUGGAAAUCAGAAGUUGUGAACAGCAGAAACUUUGACCGAGAAAUUGGUCAUAAAAACCCCAGUAACAUGGCUGUUGAAUCUUUCACUGCUAUAGCUUCUGAUGUCCAAGUGGGCAGUUUCUUUCUUUCCAAAGGUCUUGUUGAAAAAAUUGAUAACUUCAAACAGAUGAGCUUAUCCAAACUGGAAGAUCCCCAUGCUGAUGUGAUUCGCUCCGGAGACUACUUCUUUCACAGCGAGAAUCCUCGACGUCCUGAAGUGGGAGACCUUCGGGUUUCAUUCUUCUAUGCAGGUUUAAGUGGAGACGCAUCCCACCUCGGCCCAGCAGAUGUGGUGACCGUAGUCGCUCGUCAACAAGGGGACCAGUUGGUGUCAUACCGAACCAAAUCUGGGGAUAUUUUACACAUUCUCUAUCCAGAUGAACUCUCUCCUGAGGAAGUGUUCCAGAAAGAACAUGAAUGUAACAACAUGAAGACCUGGGGUCUGCGUGCAGCUGGAUGGUUGGCUAUGUUUGUUGGCAUCAGUCUUAUGACCAGGAUUUUUUACACCCUGGUGGACUGGUUUCCAGUGGUUCGGGAGCUGAUUAAUGUUGGCCUGAAAGCAUUUGCCUUUUGUUUGGCCACCUCUCUCUCCCUUCUGACCAUCUCUGUGGGCUGGCUCUUCUACCGGCCCCUCUGGGCAGUGCUGAUUGGGCUGCUGGCUGCUGUGCCCAUUGUGAUUGCGCGCUCCCGGAUCCCACCAAAGAAACAGCAGUGACAGUAUAGAAAGUGUGCCUGAAUUUCCUUGAAAGUGCAACAUAUUGAGAAAUUCAACCAUGUCUGAAGCCAUUAAAACUACAUGUGUGCAAGCACAAUCUUUGAUAUUGCAAUACUGAUGCUAGAUACCAAAGACUUCCAUCAUGGACUGAUGUGUAAAAUAUGUGUACACCUUUUUUUCAAAUUAUGUAAUCAAUUGGAGGAAUAUGACUGUUCCAGCUUGUUUUUCCCCAAAAUCUGAAAUCAUAAUGGUUGAGAGAAUAGAAUGUGAGCUUGGAAAUAAGCAUAUAUUAAAUGCAUCUGCCUUUGUGACAUUAUUAAAACAAUUGCCAUGGAGAAUGACCUGUAGUGCAGGGCCUUGAUAUGGACCAGGGCAGACUUUAAAACCAGCAUAUACAUUCUUGUAACUAUAUCCUUUGCAUAUCUCUUCUAUUGGUGUGUUUAUAUGUUAAGUGCAUGUAGUUGUUUGGAGUUUUUGUCCUAUCCUCGUUUUAUUUGUUCCUUGCUAUUCUGUUUUGCGGUGUAUUUAAGCUAUCUGGUUCACAGGACCUGUGUUAGACCACAGCUUCUUAAACUUUUUUCAAUCGUGACCCGUUUCCACCUGAGAAAUUUUUAUGGUAUAUAGGUAUAUAAAAUAAGUAUAAAAAUCAAACAUUUGCGAGGCUUACUAAACAGGCUGAUUUUCCUUUUUUGUGGAGUACAUUUUGUGUAUUCUGUAGGAGGCAUUCUGAAACCUUUUAUUGUUGUUCAUUUUUUCCUGACCCCAACGUCGAGCUAAGGGGACUCCAUUUGCAGUCAGGACCCACAGCUUAAGAAGCAAUGUGUUAGAGGAGACUCCAGCAUUGGCCUUGUCAAGUUGUUUCUUUAUCCCUUUUUAUUUUGCUGUUAACGCCAGUUUAAAACCUGUAUUCCAAUUUGAAGAGAGCAUGGAAAUGUGCCCCAAUUUAUUCCCUUUGUCUACACACUUGCUUAGAAAUGAUACUGUAUGUGUGAUAAGGUAGUUUUUCACAUUCAGAAUUAUUUCCUAAAACACCUUUGAUGCUGAAUCAUCUUGUCACAAUUAGGACAAUUGGUCUAAGCCUGGAACUUUGUUGGGAUAUUAUGCUGACAUCACUUCAGAGUAUGUUAGUGCUUCUGGUGCUUAAACAUUUAUGUAAGGAGGCAUCUAGUAACUACUGAUGUAACCAUUGAUCUAUUCACCUGCAGCACAAUAGCUUGGCUUAGAGUUUAGGUUGGUACUGAAGCACUACUCCGUCUUCAACAGCCCAGAAUGGGCAUCAGAUAUCACCUAUGAUAAUCUGUAAGAUGUUGGUUUUGAACAGAAUUGUGACCUGAGAAGCCAAAUCCGGACUAAGAAGCAUAUGUUCUUCCAGAUGUCAUACUGGUUAGUGAUGAAGGAUUCAGAGACGCAGUCCAACGACAUCUAAUGGACCACACAGUCCCUCAUCCGCUUCUUAAACUUUUCCACUCACAAUCUCUUUCAGCUUGCUAAAUUUUUAUGUGAUCCCAGGUAUACGAGUAUAUAACAUUGGAAAGCAUAAAAAUCAAACAUUUGUGGAUAACAAGUCAACAUUAGCAAGGCUUGCUAAACAGGCUCAUUUCCCUUUUUAUUAAGUACAGCUGAAGUGUCUUCUGCAGCGUCCACUUCAAACACUGCACAAUACAUUUGUGUAAAUGUCUAAAACUGUCACUAGGGUGAUGCUGAGUAAAAUGUUUACUAUUGCCAAAUUUUUGAGACAUUGGGCAUCUUGACAUUGACAUCUAAUUAAAAGGGAAGUCUUGUAUUAGGAGGGAGUCAUGGGUCUCUGUAUUGUCUGAAGCUUCUGAAGUUGUUCCAGCCCUGUAGAUCAAGGGUUUUCAAACCUUUUCAGCCACUGAGUCCUUUUUGAAACAAAAAUUUCUCAUGGAGCCCCAAAAAUGUUUAUAUAUUCUAUAUAAUGUAUAUAUACAUUGAGCUAAGGGGAUUGGGAUCCAGUUUAAGAAACAAUGAGCUAGAUGAACAUAAUACUAGCAGGUAGAAGAGAUCAUUUGUUAUGAAAAGAUGACUUCUACGAAAGUUACAGCACAUAGGCCACAAUUGCUAGCAAUCCAAAGCUGAUCAAUACAUUUAUGUACUGUUAAACAGCCCACUCUUCAUAAGUAUGAUGCUGUUGGAAAAUAAAAGGUAACUACAUUCUGCUAAACCCAAAAUCUCUACCAAAUUGUGUUCUUCCUAUGUUGUUAGUAGGACAUUAAUUCCCAAGUGCAAUUACUGGGUAAGAAUCCAAUUUGUGCAAAGUAGAUUAUGAUUAUUUUAAUAGAGAGUUAACUUUGUUCCAUUCUUGGAGGUGAAAAGGCCAUUUAAUCUGAUGACCAAGAUGUAUUUCACUAAGUCCAGGCAAAUGGACUGAUGUUUUGCCAUUUAAGAUGCUGCACUUCUGUUUCACAUUUUUUUUACAUCUUCUGUGGGGUAGCAAUGAAUGUUUUAUAUGUGCUUUUAUUUUCAAGAAAAACUAUUUGUAUGCUUUACCAUAGUAACUUGAAAUUUUUUAUGGGUGGGAGUUGUCAGACUUUUAUAUUCUGUUAAUAAACGUUCAUGAAUGGA